CCUCUCCUGCCCCUCCAACUGCAGAGACACGUAUCAUCAUUCCCUCAUACCUUACUCCUCCCCCCCUCGACCCCACUAUCCUGGGUACCCCUCCGUCAUCAUUCGUUUCUCUACCCGAUCCCUUUAUUUACACCUCCUCGCCCUGUUCCUGGGCGUUCUGCUCGUAACCGUGGCUCCUCCUCUCCGUCUUUCCUCCUCCACCUUUAGACUCUCUUCAGUCCUGGGUCAUCUCCGUGGCUCACGAUUCUCGGCCACGACCAACCCCGUCUUGACGGAUAUUCGCAGAACCCUCACCACCGCCAGUAUGGCCCCCGAACACCUGCGUCGGCCGCCUCAGGCCCCGCCCGUCUUCACCGCAACCGCCCAAUCGAUCAUCGAGGACGCCAAGCGUCUCGUCGCAACCUCUCGCAAGGUCCAAGACGAUGUCGUCGCCAAUGUCACGUCCGACUCGGCCUCGUUCGCCUCCGUGCUGAAGCCCCUCGCGCAGGAUGAGAACGUCAUGGCCCUCGAGUCCCACAUCCUCGGCUUCUACCAGGCCGUCUCGACCGAACAGCAGUUGCGCGAUGCGUCGUCCAAGGCGGAGGAGCUGAUGGAUGAGUUCUUCAUCGAGGCCGCCAUGCGCGAGGACGUCUUCAAGCUGGUGGAUGCCGUGCUCCAGAAGAACGAAUCCAUUGACCCCGAGUCCCGCCGUCUGUUGGAGAAGGAACACAAGGACUACAUCCGGAAUGGGCUGGGCUUGCCUGCCGGUCCCAAGCGGGACCGCUUCAAGGAGAUCAAGAAGCGCCUGAGUCAGAUCAGCAUUGAGUUCCAGAAGAACCUGAACGAGGAGAACGAGGGCCUCUGGUUUACGCGGGAGGAGCUGGACGGCGUGCCGGAGGAUGUGCUCUCCGGUCUGAAGAAGGGCGAGGGCGAGAACGACGGCAAGCUGUGGCUGACCUUCAAGUACCCCGACCUCUUCCCGACGAUGAAGUACGCCAAGAACCCGGAGACCCGGAAGAAGGUGAUGAUCCAGAACGAGAACAAGUGCAACCAGAACGCGCCCCUCUUCCGCGAGUCGAUCAUCCUGCGCGAUGAGGCCGCCCGUCUGCUGGGCUACCCCAACCACGCCGCAUUCCGCAUCGAGGACAAGAUGGCCAAGACCCCCGACACCGUCAACACCUUCCUGGGCGACCUGCGCAACCGCCUGACGGCCGGCGGGCAGAAGGAGAUCAAGGAACUGCUGGAGUUCAAGAAGAGUGACUUUGAGGCCCGGGGGGAGUCCUUCGACGGCCGGUACUAUCUCUGGGACCACCGGUUCUACGAUCGCUUGAUGCUGGAGAAGAACUUCUCGCUGGACCAGCAGCUCAUCGCCGAGUACUUCCCCUUGCAGACUACCAUCGCCGGCAUGCUGAAGAUCUUCGAAGAGCUGUUUGGUCUGGUGUUUGUGGAGAUUACCGGGGAGGACCGGCAACAAGUGGCGCCCACGGGCAAGGGCAGUGACAUUGUGUGGCACGAGGACGUGCAGAUCUUCGGCGUUUGGAACGACGAGGGUGAGGGCAGUGGGUUCGUGGGAUACCUGUACCUGGACCUCUUCCCCCGCCCUGGCAAGUACGGCCACGCCGCCAACUUCAACCUGCAGCCGGGCUUCAUUGACGCCAACGGCGACCGCCACUACCCCGCCACCGCCUUGGUGUGCAACUUCACCAAGCCGACGCCGAAGAAGCCGAGUCUGCUCAAGCACGAGGAGGUGGUGACCCUGUUCCACGAGCUGGGCCACGGCAUCCACGAUCUCGUAGCCCAGACGACCUACUCGCGCUUCCACGGCACGAACACCGUGCGUGACUUCGUCGAAGCGCCCAGCCAGAUGCUCGAGAACUGGUGCUGGACGCCGUCGCAGCUGAAGUCCCUCAGCAAGCACUACUCGACGCUGUCGCCGGAGUACCUCUCCGGCUGGCAAGAGCAAGCCGAGGGCAAGACGCCCCCGGCAGAACAGAUCCCCGACGAGGUGAUCGAGAACCUGAUCCGCACCAAGCACGUCAACGACGCGCUGUUCAACCUGCGCCAGCUGCACUUUGGCAUCUUCGACAUGACGGUGCACCAGCCGGCGGACCACGAGACCAUCCAGAAGCUGCCCAUCUCGGCGACGUACAACAAGCUCCGCCACGAAAUCACGCAGAUGGAUGGCCCUGAGACUCUGAAUAUGGGCGAGGAGUGGGGCCACGGCGAGGCUACCUUUGGCCAUCUGAUCGGCGGGUAUGAUGCCGGCUACUACGGGUAUCUGAGCUCCCAGGUUUACUCGACGGAUAUGUUCUACACUGUCUUUGAGGCGGACCCCAUGAACCCUACCGAGGGCCGGCGGUACCGUCACCAGGUGCUGGAGAAGGGCGGCAGCCAGGACGAGAUGACCACGCUGACGGCGUUCUUGGGACGGCCUCCUAAGACGGAUGCGUUUUAUAAGGAUUUGGGGUUGGCUUAGUCUCCUCUCAAGGGACGCAUCCAAGAUCUGGAUUGCUUAGAUAGAGUCAUCGUCCAUAAAGAUACACUAGAUGCAACCAGCUACAACGUCC